AUGCACGUCCUCUGGCUGCUGGCGGCGCGGCGGUUCCGCCGCCGCGCCCGCGCCGUGUCCACGAUCACCGCGAGCGCAGCGACGGCGCCGGCCACCCCGUGCGGCUACGGCUACGGCUACGGCGUCGACGACGACGACGGCCCGUUCUUCGACCUCGACCUGUCGUGCUGCCGCUCCGCGCCGGCCUCCACCGCCGGCUCCAGCUCCGAGUCCGAGGACUCCUCAACCUCCUCCUCCUCCUGCUGCGCGGGCGGCGACGCCGACCUCGUCAUCUCGCUGCAGCGCCAGCGGAGCUGCUCCGCGUCCUCGCCGCCGCCCUACGACCGCCUCUCCUUCGGCCGGUGCGGGUGGGGCGGCGCGCUGCCCCCGCAGCUGAAGUUCUGCGCGUCAGAGCCCAGCGACGACGCCGCUGCCGCGCGGCUGAGCGCGAGCGGCAGGCGCGGCAGGCUGCGCACGUUCAGCUUCGGAGCCGCGUCCGCCAAGGCCGCCUUCUACGGCGGCCGCGCCAGCUUCUCCCGCAGCUCCAGCAGCGCGCGCUCCGCGAGGAUCUUCAGCGCGUACGGGCACGACUCGCCGUCGCCGGACCAGGACCAAGAAACGGGCGCCAAGAGGGGGCAGCCCUCGGCGGAGGUGAUCAGGCGGUACCUGAGCAAGAUCUCGAGGCGGCUGCGCAGGGUGGCGCCCGCUGCGGACAUCCGGCUGCGGAAGAGCCGGUCGGCGUCCGCGGCGCAGACGGCGGCUCCUGCCCAGUUCUCGUCACCGCCGUCCCGGCGUGACGACACGCUCCUGGAGCAGCAGGACGGCAUCGCCAGCGCCAUCGCGCACUGCAAGGAGUCCAUCCACCGCGCGUCCAUGUCGGAGUGCGACUCGUCGCUUCUGCGGUCGUGGAGUGAUCGAGGAACAGAGCCUGCAUCCCGACGAGCGUCGUAG